AUGCCUCCUCCAUCGCCGUCUUCGGUUCGUUGGCAUUAUGACAAUCGAGGCUUUCCACACAAACCACUAUUAGAAGAUCCUGCAAUCAGAAGCCAGAUACCAUCUACAGCAGAAAUGAAAAGACGGUGGGACUUUCGUAACGCCAUUCAGGAAGAAUCCAAUCAACAUCGACGCGUCUACACAAAACCUGAUUUUGUAGGUCACAGCGUCACUCAAUUACUCAACAGGAGGUCAACGUAUGGCUCUUCCCGAAUUGGCACAAAGAGACUGCGUCAUUUUGCUGAAUACACUUCCGUAACGCAAUAUCAAUCCAGUUUUCUAGCACAUUUGGGAGGACAGGAUGAGGUUGUCAAUGGUCAGCGAGAACAAUCGAGUCAAGCAGUUUCCUCAAUUUCAGUAGCCUUUAGUCCAUGUGGUUCUACCAUGGCGAGUACGCAUGGAGAUCAUACCGUCAAGAUUACCGAUUGCAACUCGGGAGGCUUGCUUCAAACACUAGUAGGGCAUUCUCGAACUCCGUGGACCUGCAAAUACCAUCCUUUGCGGUCCGAUAUUGUGGCGAGUGGUUGUUUGGGGCAUCAAGUACGAUUGUGGAAUUGGAAAAAGAAUACUUGUUUGGCAAUGAUUCGAUUGGAAUAUGCCAUUAUUAGCCUGAGCUUUCAUCCCUCUGGAAAAGUAUUGGGAGUAGCCAAUGGUACCAAGUUGAAUUUCUGGGGACUUGGCGAUUUGGACAACUGGUCGGAAGGUGGAGGUGCACAGAGUGGUGGUGGCGAUACUCGUGUAUUGGGCAUGUUGACCGAAGUGGAUCAAGGACACAUGCUUCGGUGUGUCCACUUUCCACCUGCUGGCACGACUGUCAUUGUCGGUGGUGUCAACAAACCGGACACGAACCAACAGAACAGUCGGCCAAUGAGAGGAGGGAUAUCAGGUGGUGGCAUGACGUUCUACCUUAAACUAUUUGAUUUUAAUCUACCCAUGACGGUGGAUCGACAGUCCCGACAACAAUUUUCUUCCACGAGGACACGAGCCAGGGCUCUGGAAAAUCCCCGAGUGUUUGUUCCAAGAGCACUCCUCUAUAACGAUGGAGGGUUUGAUGUUUCACCGGAUGGCAAGACUCUCUGUGCGUGUGCAGAAUACUGGCUACCAGACGGGGUGAAUAAUGCCAUGGAACUCCUAGAGUAUCAGAAUGAACAAGAUUAUGACGACGAUGAUGAUGAUAGUACAGAUGGCGAUGGUUCCGGUUCUCCAAAGAAACCGCAGAAUGAUACCCCGACAUCUACGACUGCGGGUCCGCCCUUUUCUCCGACUCUGAAUAAAGGAUCAUUGCAACGAAAUGCGGAUUCAUCACCUCCUCGGGGAAAUACUACACCAAGAAUACAAUAUCCCAGCAUGAAUGCUGGUAGUAACCCUCUACGCACUCCAACUCCACAAACACCUCCAGCCAAACAAGGCCAAAUGACACUGAGUCCACCUUCUCCGCCUGGUAGAAGAUUUGGAAAGGGAUACGGAAUGCAACCAGGAAGAUAUGUCCCUCACGUUGUUACGAUAUCAUUGGAUACGACACCAAGUGAUUCUAUCGAACAAGACCAAUUGCAAGCCAUGCUGUAUCCACCGCCGGCUGCGGUAUUACCCAAUUCCGCUGCCGCCGCUGCUGCUACUGCUACGCGCAACAAGAAGCAAAAGACACCGAGACGAGGCACGGCCAAGUUACGACCAAGAUUAGGGCAACUGCUGCAAGCUUGCCCACUAGAUGGAGCCAAAGCAAGUGCAGUAACUUGUGUCAAGUUUUCGCCCAGUACCAAUUUUUGUCUGAUUGGCUACGGAGUACGGGAACCCAUUAUGGAGGGCAACCCGACCUUGCCGCUGCAUCCAGUCACUGCACUAUAUGCUACAAGUCCGAAGAUGACGCAUGUUUCGACCAUGCUAAGCCCAGACGAUGAUGUCAAUAUCGCUCGAUUCCAUCCACAUUCUGGCGUGGGAUUCUGCUAUGGAACGAAACAAGGGCGUCUUCGAGUGCUUGGUCCACGUCCUUGGAAUUAUUAUAACUGCUAA